CCGUUUAUGCCGUAACUCCACUCCACCCCAUAACGUCAUUAACUCCCGCGUAACAGUAAGUAACUACUGGUUUGGUUUCGCUCCCCAGUGAUGAUUCGUGCUCUUGACCUGUUCCUUUUGCGUUAGGGCUCACGCUGACAGGAGGGUAAAAGAAAUUUCUCAAGCUUCUUGAAACGAUCUUUGCUCAGCACUUUUGAGUCAGAAAUGGAGGGGACAUGCAAGGAAUGCAGAAGCUGGGAAGAGGAGAUCUACUGGACCCAUUUCCAUUCCAUCCAUUUCUGCCAGUUUCUUCAUGGGGACUUUCAUCAGCAGCUCGUGAGUCCUCCCUCCAUUCACUCCUCUUAUUUCCAGCAAGAGGAAAGGAAAAAAAAAAAACCCUUUUUUUUUGUGGUUAAACCAGCUUGGAAACUGAAGAAGGCCAUACCCAAAAAAUUUGCUGAGAAUCUGAGAAGCAAGUUACCUGAGAAUGUGGUCUUAAAGGGUCCUAGUGGCGCGACAUGGACAGUUGGCACCGUGGCUGAUGAUGAAAAUUUGCUUUUCAAACAUGGUUGGCAAGAUUUCGUGAAAGAUCAUGCUCUGGAGAAGAAUGAUAUUUUAGUAUUCAGGUACAAUGGAGAGUCCUCUUUCAAUGUCUUAGUGUUCAACCAGCAUAGUUUGUGCGAGAAGGAGGCUGCGUAUUUCCAUAAAAGAUGCAGCCACAAACCGAUGGACAAAGAAUGCGGUACAAAGCGAAAACUCGGGGAUUCUGCAGUGGAGGCUGUGCAUACCCCUGCGUCUUAUGAUGUCAAACGAACUCUUACUGAGGAUCCUUGGAAGGAUGGGACUGUGACAGUAGCUGAUUGCAAUAUCUUAUCUCAAGCUAAAGCUUCUGAAAACUUGGUCGAGGUGGGUGCUUCGGGGAAGCCACAUAAUAAGAAGAAGGCUACUCCAAAAAAGAAAGUGUCUGUCGCUUUUGAUUGUCUGGAGGAAAAAACAGAUUCUACACCAAAGGCCCUGUUUAUCGGUUCACGGGGCUCUCCAGUUUACACAUCCAACAGAAGACCUGUCACAGAAGAGGAGGAAUCCUCCGCUUUCAAGCUUGCGCGGGCUGCAGCAUCAAGCGAUAGCUUCCUGGUAGUUAUGCGACCCACGCACGUCUAUAAGAGAUUUUAUUUGUCAAUUCCUACUGAUUGGGCAACAACGCAUAUGGAUCGCCGCAACCAGGAUUUGAUUCUUCGUGUUGGCGAGGGCACAUGGCGUGCCCGGUACAGGCUCACGGGGCGUGGGAGUGGGGGUCUGUCUUCUGGAUGGAAGAACUUUGCUUUGGAGAACAACUUGGAGCAAUCUGAUGUGUGCCUGUUCGAGCUCGCAAACAGCAUCGCUAAGAACAUCGUCCUGGAUGUCACCAUCUUCCGCGUGGUCGAGGACGUGGUCCCUCUGACCCUGGUGACUUCUUUCCCUGUCUAGAUGCCAUUAAAAGCUAUCUUAAGAUGGUCUGGUCGAACGGUGCAACUCUUUUCCCAUAACUGUUUUGACUGUGUUGGCCAUGGUUGGAUUCGGAGCUGUUUGGCAAUUUGGCUACUCUUGAGCAACGGACAGCAUCUUCUUAUUGUGUUUUAUUUUAGGUGUUGAACACUGGUCAAUUCUGUGAAGGGGCUCCAUAUAUGUAGUAUAUACAUGACGUCGAACUCAAUGUGUGC